AUGAAGCUGAAAAAACAUCCGAUGAAGUUGGCUGCUAAAAAGAAGCCAAUGGAAAAACAAAAGAUGGGAAAAUCAGAAAAAGUGAAACAAAAAGCUGCUGAUCUCGCUAGUGCUGAAAAAGUCAUGGCUCAAUUCGAAAGUGGAGCUGUCGAUCCAAAAAAGAAGAAACAUCAAAAUGGAAAAACCAAUGGAUUCUCUGCCCCGCCUCCAAAACCAACAGAAGCCUCGAACCCGAAACGUCAGUUGAAAAAGAUUCUGGGACAAGAUGGUCUCCUCGUAAAGCAUCAAGAAGGUUCAAAAUGGUACAGCUACCAAAUCGACCAUGUUCAUGAUGAGAAAACCGAGAAGAUGAGUGCCACAGACAUUCAGAAGCUUCUUGAAGAGGGAAAAGACGCGUUGGCGCAAGAUUCAGCUCUUCUUCAAACCAAAGACAAACAAGAGAACGGAUCGGAAGCAUCAUGGCUUUAUUCGGUGAUUUCUAAAGGAACAGCUGCUGAUAAGAGAACCGCAAUGCAACUUCAAAUGCACAAAUCACCUGUUCACUCGUUGGAAUACGUUGAGAAACUCAUCGCUUCUUGUAAAAAACAAGGAACCAGAGAUGUGGUCGACAUCAUUCGGAAAACAAUUCUCGAAGACGUCUUCAUCAAUCACUGUCUCCCAGAAAACCGGAAGCUGAUUCCAUUCUCGAAGCGUGCACUGAAAGAGCUAACCGAACUCUCGUCUGGAAACAACCGUUCUCGCCGUAAAAUUCUUUUGAUGUGGGCUUUCGAGCAUGAACUCAAAAUUCUGUAUCAACAAUUCAUCGAAACUCUCAUUGAAAUCAUCAAAAGACCGCUAGAAGAGGUUAUCAAAAGAUCGUUGAAGACGUUGGCGAAUUGCUUAAUGGGUAGACCGGAAUCUGAGAAUUUGAUUCUUUCGUCGCUUGUCAAUGCGUUCGGUCAUCCAAACUACAAAAUCGGAGCAUUCGUUACGACGCUUCUAGAAGGUAUCGCUAGGAAGCAUCCAGCUAUGAGACUUGUUAUGGUUGAGGAAAUUGAGAGAUUAGCAUUCAGAAAGAACGUCAACGAACGCGCUCAUCUCUACUCCAUGACAUUCCUUUCUCAAAUGAAGUUCUCGAAAAAAGACUCUGAUCUCUGUUGUCGUCUGAUGUCCAUUUAUCUGGCUCUUUUCAAGACGAUCGUCGGAAAGAAAAUCACUGACAACCGCCUUCUCCCCAUCAUUCUCGCUGGAGCGAAUCGCGCAUUCCCAUUUGCCAAAGAAGCUGAGAAACUUCUCGAAGACGUCAAAGAUGUCUAUUUCCUGGCUCACAAUUCUAACUAUAGAACUGCAAUUCCAGCACUAAAGCUGUUGUUCCAGUUUCAUAAAAUGAACGACUACGUGUCGGAUCGUUUCUACAACGCUCUCUAUCGCAAGUUGCUUGACAAUUGUCCAGCUGGCGCCUAUGCUCAGCUUCUCAAACUCAUGUUCGAUACAUUGAAAGAGGACUCGUCGGCACAGAGAAUCCGCGCUUUCGUGAAACGACUCCUUCAAGUAGCUGUAAACUCCCAACCGGAUUUCGCUGCCAGUAUUCUCAUUCUCAUUUCUCGCCUUCAAAAGUUAAGAGGACCCACUGAAAAACUAGUGGUGCUUACAAAAGAUAUCGAUCCAGCUGCUCGUGUCGUCGAACAGAUGCAAAACGACGAUGAUGAUGAGGAGCACUACGUGGAUUUGGAUGCCGAGGGAAAUGCAAUUGAGAGGAAUGGAGUGAAGAAAGAAGAGGCGCCAACUGAUGAUAUUGUUAUUGAGGAAGAGGACAAGAAAAAGAUUAAAGCAGGUCAACUUGGAGCGUCUUCAACUGGCGGUUGGGUUCAUCGAAACCUGGGUGCUCGCGGAGCCAAAUCCCCAUACGAUUCUGUCGCUCGUAAUCCACUAUUCGUUGACGCUGCCCAUGUGGCUGACAGUGAACUUCUUCUCCUUUCAAACCAUUACCAUCCAUCUGUUGGAGUGUUCGCUAAAGCUCUCAUGGAGGGAAGAGAAAUUAACUAUGGUGGAGAGGCGCUCAAUGACUUUACUCUCAUGGCAUUCCUCGAUCGAUUCGCUUUCCGUAAUCCAAAAGAUGUUACCAAGACGACAGGAAGCAGAAUUGUCAGAAAGAAAGCACACGAUCCAUGGGGAGUUAGAAAGUUGGCUGUUGGCUCGAAUGUAUGUUUUCUAUUCAGACAAGCCCCAAUUAAUUUUUUUCUGUUUCAGGAAUACACUCAAAAGCGUCGUGAAGAGAUUCCAGCUGACGAAAGAUUCCUUCAUCGUUACACUUCUAGUCUCAAUAAGGAGAAGAAGGUGAAGAAGGAGUCUGGAGAAGACGAGUGGGAGUAUGCGGAAUCUGUGAAUUCCGAGGAGUUCGAUCAGUUGUUGGAGAGAUUCGAGCCUGGAGAGCUGAACGAAGAGUUUGACAUCGAUUAUAGCAAAGAGUUUGGAGCCGAGAAGAGCAAGAGGAACAAGAAGAAGGCUGACGAAGAGGAUGAUGUGGAUAUGGAUGAGGAUGAUGAUAUUGAUUUGAAUGAUCUGAAUGAAGAAGAGGAUGGAGGAAUGGAAGAAGAUGAUGAUGAUGACGUGGAGAUGGAUGACGAUGAAGAUGUGGAUGGUGUAGAAGAAUAUGAUGGAGAAGAGGAAGACGACGACGAGGAUGAUGACGAAGGAGGUUUUGGCGGAAAGAGCUCUGCGAACAUCUUCGGCGAUGAUGAUGGAUCCAGUGAUGAGGAGAUUGGUGCGAACGAUUAUGAAACCGCUGGAGACAGAUUCGCUGAAAUGUUGGAAGACCUGGAAGAGGAUGAUGAUAAGAAGGGAAAGAAGAAGAAGGGUGGAAAACGAGGAGUCAAGCGAGGAGGAGGCGGAUUCAAAAGAGGCGGAGGAGCCAAAAAGUUCAGAAGACAUUAA